AUGUUGUCCAAUCAUCCACUGACCUCGUUCCCUGCUUUGUGUGCAUUCGAAUGUCUAUCGGGAGAAUUGUUGUGGGGCCAUCUUCAAUGUUUAAUGUUAGGAGGAGCCAGUAAUUUAUCAUCAUCGGUUGAAUCCUCAACAACAACAACAACACACGACUCACCCCAAUCCAAAACCACUCCUCUCACCGGUGGAACCAUUCUCCAAUCUCAAUUUCAUUACAGGGUUUUGGCAAAACGUGGAAACUGGAUGGUUCAUCGAGUCCUGUACAAGAAUGAAACGGAGGAGAAUCCAGUCGCUGCUUUUAUUGUCCAUCAUGAAAGUAUCUCGGCAAAAGAACUCCUUUCACGAUGCUCUGAAGUUGGAAUUUCUCAUGGACAACGUCAUCAAGAUCAAGAAAUUGUGUAUGUGAAUCGAUACGAUUGGGCCUUUCACUUUGGAGGUCCAAAAGUUGAAGAAAAAAUUGAAAAUCAUUUGAAAAGUUUGAAUCCUGAUUUCAAAUUUAAGCCACACCCAACGUAUGGAGAACACGAUGUGAAUGAUGAAUUAACAGGAGGAAGACUCAAUCUUUUAGAUGCUUCCUAUUGGAAAGAUGUUGAGAAACAUUUUGCUUUGGGACAUCAUCCUGAUUUGGGACAAUGUUCUGCCUUUGUUGACAAUACGAAUGGGAAAGCAUUUGGUGUACACUUGUCUGAUAUUCACACUGAAUAUGAAUUGGGAUGGAUGGUAUUCAAUAAGGAUCAAGAAUUGGUUGGAUUUGUCUAUGACUCCUCGUACUGUGCUUUGGAAGGUGACAAUUUAGUUCUUGAAGAAUAA